UGUCUUUGUGUAGGAAUAUUGGUUUACCAUUGAAUUAACUGACUCUGUAGAACCAUAUCAUAUAUCAUGUUGGUCUAAUCGAGUAAACGUACAUUUAAUAAACUAGAUUACGAAAUAAUAUAUAUUUUACAAAGAGAUUAAAUGGAAAAAGAAGCGAAUUUGGUCUGUAAUCUCAGCAGCAGCAUUAGGCGUCAUUGGUAUCCAGGUGGAGAUUUGGCUAACGGCUACACAUAUUUCAACAUUCGUUAUAAACGUGCUGAACACUGUCAUAUCAACUUACAAACUGCAAAUGCUUAUUUUUGCCAUCGCGUAAUAUCACGAAGUAGCAGAAACAUGUAAAUAAAUGUAAAGUUCAAAGGAUAGGUAUUAGGUACCUCCAAAUCCUUCCGCCUUGUAGUUUAAAGAGCCUCCCAACCAAUCAGAUUCAUCUUCACGGACGCUCUGAUUCAACCUCAGAGCCAAUCAGAUUCAUCCUCAGGGACGCGGUGCAACUUAUUCAAAUGUUCCCGGGAAACUUCGACCCGCAUGCGUUCCGUGCAGUUUAUGGAGUUCCUGUUUGUCAUGGUUCUUGAAUUGAGGAACUAUUAAAAUGAGGGCCCUCGAUGUGAUCGAAUAAGGUCUUGAUAGAAGAAAAUAAGAUUUUACCAUGCUUAACAGUGUCUGCGUCGGUUGUAUCCUCCUGACUGCCAUGGAGUUCCAUAUCAAACAUACCUGGGACAGCUUACCUGUGGAUCAUGAGCCGGUAAAGAUUCGCUUCUCACCUGGCGAGGAUGGUUUGUUAAUGCAAGUGACUGCUCCUUUCUUUAAUGACCCCCCUGCACCAGCCGGAUCACCUGGAGAGCCGUUCCCUGGUCUCUGGGACUAUGAGGUGGUAGAGUCAUUUUUCCUGAACAACAACACUGAGCAGUAUCUGGAGGUGGAAGUCUGCCCACAUGGACAACACCUGAUUCUGCUAUUGAAUGGAAAACAUAAUGCAUUUAUGCAACAACUCCCUCUAUCAUUCAAAGCCAAUAUAGAGGACAACAAGUGGAAGGGAGAAGCACUUCUACCUUGGAGGUAUUUCCCUCAGGGCAUUAAUAAGAUGAAUUCCUAUGCCAUCCAUGGCUCUGGAGCAGGAAGGACCUAUGAGGCUCUGUAUCCUGUUCCUAGAGAAGACCUACAAGAAGGACAGGGACCAGACUUCCAUCGACUUGAGUAUUUUCAAGACUUCACUCUGCAAAGCAUCAUGGGAGAAGACUGGGUUCAGCCAGAAUCUGACCUGUGGGAUUUGGCAGGCAAAUGACCAACUGAAAAUCACAAAUGAAGACAAAACUGGCUAAUAACCAGCCUUUUUUUAUGCAGUAAUUACUUGCAAUUUGCUUCCAUGGCUAUGUUAGAGCACAAACUCCACUGCAGUCUAAUCAAAGUUAAUGAUGUGGCUUGUUUUAAUGUGGGUGUAAUAUAAUGUGCAAUAUAAUGGCUUUUAUUAUCACAAUUUAAUACAUCUUUUAUCAGAAAUGCGGCACUAAUCUAAGUAUAUUCCAUCCAGCACCAAAUAUCUAUGCAAUAUGUAGUAAAUGGGAAUUUUUAAUUUUAGACUGAAAUGAAAAUAACCAUUUAAUAAUGGAGAUGGUAA